AUGCUGUUCUACAUCGACCUCGAUACCUCUUCCCCCUACCUCAAGACGAUCCCGCUUGAGGACGAAACAAACUUUGGCGUGUGCCCUCGGGACAUCAUGCCGUAUGAUCCUCUCGUCAACAUCGUAGAGACUACUUUUGGUAGCGGCAGCAGCUACGACGGACCUUCAUUUUGGCACGCUCCCGACUCAGAUUCGGCGUUGCUGAGCCCUUUGGGCUACCUUUUGCCACUUCCCGACACGUCGCCCAGCUACGAUACUCCGGAAUUUAUAGCCUUCGCUAUGCCCUCUCCGACGUCGUCAACGUUUAGCGACUUGCACCCAGAAGAUGCCCCUUCAUCCCGAAGGCGCUCUGUCCGUCUCGCUGCUUCCACUUCGACCGUCUGGAAAGAGGAAUCAUCUAGGAAGAAAGGGACUGCUCGCGCAAGAGAUGUAGCCGCACCAUACAACAAAGCGAACCGCCCAGUAGCCAAGAAAGCCUCCAAAGACCGCGACAUCACGCCCAUCCUCGAUCCCCAGUUCGUCCCCGUCAAGAAGUCCGCCGCCAACAUCGCAGCCAGCGAAGCACGCAGGAAGAAACCCCUCCAGUAUUUCUGCGACGUUCCUGGGUGCGACUCAGGCUUUACCGCAGGCCAUAAUCUUCGCCUCCAUCAGCGCAUCCACUAUGACGACAAGCCCUACAAGUGCAGCGCGUGCACGUACCGCAGCGUAGGGCCAGCCGAUGUCAAUCGGCACAUCGAAACCGCGCGUCAGGAUAACCGGCAUAAAUCUGCAAGAUUAGUGCAACGCAAGCCCGGAAGCGCUGUUUACGAGUGA